AUGAGUUCAAAUCAGCCUCUAGCUGAAAUUGCGCUGGAUAACAAUCGCAUUGCGCCUCCUCCCCCGUUCAAGACGGCAGAUAUCCGACUGGACGCUCCCACUGAGACAGCACCAGCGACGGUUACGGGAGCGCGACAAGGUGGGGAUUUCGCGGUACCACCCCAGGCCGACGCGCUCUCGCGAGCCUCCCACUCAAACCCGAUUACAUCGAUAACACCUACGCCUGCCAGCGAUAUUGCUGUUGAUUCAACAGCGGGAACUACAACCGCCCAUGCCGUCGUUGUCGCAGCUAUCGCCAAUAUGCAGCGCAAAUCUUCUGUCGACCGCGACGAUGGCUCUACACAGAGCCAUCCUCACUCAAGCACCGAUUCGCAAGAGACCACCAUGACCACUUCUACAGAUCCCGCAUUCACACCCCCAGCCAGCGAUGCCAGCAACUGCGCACCUGGUCCAUCAAGUCAGGACAGUCAGCUGAUGCAACUGUCAGAGAUUGCUGCUGCUCAGCACAGAAUGGCAACGGAUCCCACAAAUUCACGGAAGCGGAUGGCCGACGGAGAGGUUAAAAGCCGGACAGAUAGCCAAAGUCCCGUGAAGGGCCAUUCAAGAAACCCGAGCGCUGUGAGCAGGACAUCGGCAGCAGGUGGCCAUAUUGGAGAGUUGUCCAACGAGUUAAAGACGCGUCUGUCAUAUGCCAUGAUCAAGGUCAACAAGGGUUGGCAGUCAAACUCACUUGAAGAGGUCGAGAAUAUGGCGUCCCAAGCCGCAUCUCCAGUCUCAACCACCUCGACAAUACAUAACCGACAGGGUUCCUCGGCAAGCCCUCGAAUACCCAUGAGCAAGCCACCGUCCUCGUCAGCUCCUCUACCACAUCCAUACGGCUCUACUAGCCAACGUCGAAAAUCAAAUACACCUCCAAGUUCAGCGUGGAACAAGCCUGCACUUGCGCCCCCAGCACCCAUCCGGCCUUCAGUUCCCGUGCCCAACUCCCAUGCGAACCCACGCCGCAACUCCCACCCUAAUCGAACUCCGAAUAUGUUGACACAUUCUCAUUCCGCUUCACCUCACACGCCUGGCCAACCCCCAACUGUGUCACAUGGACCCAAAUCACGCGUCAUGGGCGACCCAGUUCUCAUGUCACCGCAUCAAAAUGUUAGGGAACAAGAUGCUAUUGAGACUUUGUUGUUCAUGAGUAGUCCAGGCAACUCUGCCAAUCUGAAGCACGCUUUCUCCCCUACAGGAUCCCCAGGACCCAACGUUGGUAUGGCUCGACCUCCUCCACGACACGCGUUGCCUUCAGGGCCGAGAAAACCGCUCCCCACGUCACAAAGGCAACCUCAGCAAACGCGAAAAGCCCCUUAUGAUAAAUCACCCAUGGCCCCGCCCCCUGGAUCGCCAAUGGACCUUGAUUCACCACAGCAACAUUAUGCUGCACAGAAUAGGGCAGCACCCCGAAGGCGAACCAUUGGUAGCCGAAGUCAAUUAAGAGGGACGCUCUCGUUGCCAAGCGGUAUCGGGCUAGGGAGCGGGAAAACAAGAAAACCACUGAGAGAUGAGGAUAUAGAAAGGAUGCUGGACAAGGCGAGCGUGGAGGCAGCCGACAGCUCUGAUGAUGAGGAAAUUUUGAUUCCAAGACGGGCUGUCGCAGGAGUCAUGCAGUCCUAG